AGACAUUAUGGAUAGUCAAAGGAGUGGCAUCUGUCUAUUUGGAAAAUGUUCAUUUAUUCAUUAUCGAAUUUGUGAAAUUUAAUUAAGACCCCCCCUCAACUUACUUGAGAAAUCUAAUGUAGAGUCCCCCCUCCUUUCCAUUAUUUUAACUUAAGGCCCCCCCCCCUCUGGUUUUAGGGCCCCCCUCCUGAUAAUUAUUGCACAGUCCUUAAGUGCAACUUCAUUCAAAAUUUGGACUUUUAGCGCUUUUUGAAAGAUAUCUGACACGACUGGAACGCAUUUUUUUCAAAUCUCGUCACAUCAAUCUUCAUAAUGUAUAAAAUAAUCUGUCUGAAACUUUCAUUGAGAUUGAUUCACUGCAACAUCUUAAAAUUUCAAGACAAACCUAUCCUACCAACCUGUAAAAAAUUGCAUUACAACAUUCCCUGUUUUGACGUUAUCAUUUUUCCAAAUUAAUGCGCACUAUACAUACCUCCAUGACUAGUACAUUUUAGUUUGAAUUUAUGGCAUCUUUUGAAAGUAUAAAACAUUGACAAUACUCACACUGAAAUGCACUAGUCAUGGAGAUAUGUAUGGUCUGAAUUGAAUGAAUUAUCUUUUUCAGAAUGCGACAGAAACUUUACCACUAUGUCAGGCAUCGUUUUAUCACCACACCAUCCUGGGUAUUAUCCACCGCUGACGCUUUGCCAGUGGACCAUCAACGUUCCUCGCGGAAACACCAUAAAACUGCGAUUCCUGGAAUUCCAAUUAGAAGACCAUCCUUCCUGCCUUAACGACUUCCUAGAUAUAUAUAGUGGACCUAAGUCCAGAAAGUUUAUGGGAAGAUAUUGUGGAGAAAGAUUCCCAGCCCUCCUUGUAUCAUCUUCAAAUGCUAUGACCAUUACUUUCGUCAGCAAUGGCAAAGUUAGUGGGUCAGGUUUCAAACUACACUAUAAAGGUGAGGAAUUACAUUUAGACGGCUGUGACUGAGUUUGAUUCAUCAUACCUUCAGCAGGCACUAGGGUGAGAACUAGUGCUGACCGAGUGAAGAUCUUUUCAGUGCUCUUAUUUGCUAGUAAUCAGCGGUCGGCGUUUGCAUAUGGCUUUCAAGUCAUUUUGAAGAAAACGUGCAUGGUUCCCAAUAUAAAGCAGUGUAAACAUGUUUUAAAGGAGACGAUGGAUUCUAUCAAAAUAGUAAAACGUUUGAUAACAUUCCCAAAAUUAAUUCACAUUAUAAAUAACAUCCAAGAUGGCCGACAUACAAGAGGGGCCAUUUUGAAUAUACAUACAUACAUACAUACAUACAUACAUACAUACAUACAUACAUACAUAAACUUUAUUAAAUUGUCAAGGUAUUUAGCUAAAUAUUAUGAAUAUAAUAUAAGAUUAAAUCAAGUAUAUGUAAAAAUAUUAUUAUUAUUAAAAAUAUAUUCUUAAAAUAUCAUUAAUAUAUAAAAAUAACAUCAAUAUAUAAAAUUAUUACAGACAAACAGUAGGACAAGCAGGGAACAAACAAAGACAAACAAAUAGAUAGACAAAACAGACAAUAUAGGACAAACAUAUAAGCAGCAGUCAAACAUAAAUACACAAUUCAGAAAGUUAAAAGUCUAGAAAAUUUAAUUUAGAUGAAUUAAAUAGAGCAUAGGGGAGCACACUCCCAAUACACCAGGCAGCCAGACAGCAGAAGCCACUAUGCAUACCCAACACUCUAAGAUAAGCAUGCACAGCAGCCACACGUGCCGUCCAGCAAGCCAAGCACAUUGAGAGCACGCACCCCUCUCCUGAAUGCCUGAAGACUGGUCUUACUGCGUAGUUCCUGGCUUAUCUUGCCCCAUAUGUGUGGGCCUAAAUAUCUGAGCUGAUGAUCGUCAGCGUACAUUGAAAAGCUUGCAUUAUUUACUCUAUACGUCAUAUCAUUUUGAAAAAUGUUCCACAGUAAGGGUCCAAAUGAUGACCCUUGAGGGCAUCCUCUAACAGCAUCCUUCCAACUGCUGGUGACUCCAUUGAGUUUGACUCUGUUUUGCCGAUUGGAAAAAUAUGAUCUCAUCAAGCUGAGUGAUUCCUCUGAAAAGCCAUACGCCUUAACUUUAUUUAUCAUGAGUGAUGGAUGUAGGGAAUCAAAUGCUUUACUCGUGUCUGUUGAGAGUAUUCCAAUAAAUUGCUUCGAAUCCACAGCCAGCUUCCAAUCUUCAGUGAGUCUGAGCAAAGUAGUUUCACAACUAUGUUUUUUCCUGUACCUAGAUAUGCAGGGAUCGAGCUUGGAAUCAAAAUGAUUAUUCACUUGUAUGCUCAUCAUAGACUCAAAAACCUUAUCUACUGUACUUAGCAAUGUUAUCGGACGAUAGUUUCUUUCAUCCAACCGGUCAUCCUUUUUGUGGACUGGGUUCCACUCUCCUUUCUUCCAUGCUUCAGGCCAUUUACCUUUCCUUAUACACUCAUUAAAAAGCUUUGUUAAGGAAUCUGCUAUGCCACUUGAUGCUAGCCUUAACAUUCUAGGAGAUAUGGAGUCAUAACCACAGGCCUUUCUGACAUUUAGUUUCUCAAGGGCUAACUGAACUGAAUUUCUACUGAGUGGUUGAAAGCAGAAGUUGAAUGACGUAAUAUUUCUCCGUAACAGCCCACGUUCGAUAUAUUAGAAUUCUAACAUGACUCUGAGGCUUUAGGAACAAAACUGAAAAUGUUUCUUGAUUCCAUGGUCUCGCAAUCCCCAGAAGAGACUUGAGUACCAAACCAAAUAUAGUAAUAUGACAAUUAAGAAAGCCUCGGAGUCAUACCAGAAUUUUAAUAUAUCGAACGUGGGCUAUAUAUUGCAAAGCCCUAAAACAUUCCUGACCAAUAAUGAGCUAUCUGUUGCCUUAUCAUACUGCAGCACCACAAUCCCGGAAGUUUUACCUGUUCUAGUAACAAGUAUUUAUUAUAUGAGUCAUUAAAAAAAAUACACUGUAUUUAGAACAUAUGCAUAUGUCUCUCUUAUAUAGCUGACGUUGAUAAAGAAGAGUGUCUCCAAUACGAAGGUAAGUAGCAAAAUUUCCCUUCUUCGUUAAUCCGCCUCCCGCCCUCAAAGUAUAUGCGUGUUAAGACUUAAAGCUCUCUCUGAGAAAAAAACAAACACACAAACAUGCAAUAUCAAAAAAAAUACAACAACAACAACAACAACAAAAAACACAGAAAGUGGGUAAUAUACACUGCCGAACACAACAAACUACAUCGGGGUGAACGAACUACAGAUAAGACGAUCCCCACCGUGCGGGCAGCUUAAAUGUUAUUACGGCCUCUUUGAAAGAAAAUGAAAAAACAGCAACAAAAAAUUACUUUAACAAUGUUAUUAGAAUGAUAAUGUAAUUAACGAAUUGCUUUUUACUAUUUUACUAUUUAAGGUUGUCCUUCAAAUUGCGAGUGUAAUCCAGUUUCACGAAAGAUUCUUGAGAUGGUGAUAACAGUGAAAAAGGGAAAGAAACUGACUGCUUUACCAGGAAACAUUCCUUCUAAGGCAGCCGUGAUGUGAGCUGAUUACCUGAAAAUUAAUACGCCUGUUAUAAAUCUCUUACUAAACUUGACUGGAUGAGACUUGACUGGAUAUUUCUCCCCAGGGAAAAUCCCUGUGCUAAAUUUUACAUAAUAAUAAUAAGAAGAAUGAAAUGAAUUUUUCUAAUCAAAACUAAGUGUUUUUUAACGAAAGAAAUUUCUAAAUAGUGUUUUGACGAAAUAGUUUUUUUAAGUGAAUUAAUUGUAAAUAGGUUUUUAAUAGUUAGUAUGUUAUUAAUAAAAUAUGUUUAUUUUUUACAAAAAAAAUAAUAAUAAUAAAUAUAUAUAGCGAAUGCUGAUUUUGAAUAAAAAGCGAAAUAUCGUAUGUUACGUUUUUGUCCCGACAGACUGUUUCAGAGGAAUAACAUUUCUCAUCUACCUAAGAAAAAGCUCUCCGAUAUGUCAAGUCUAAAGUAUUUGUAAGUUUCAUUCACACUGUCUUAAUCCUAAAAGUUAACAGUAAGUUUUAUUUUACAGUUUAUCAGUAUGGUAAAAAAAAAAAAAAUGUCAUAAAAUCUUUACAGGGACCUGAGUGGAAACCACAUCUUCAAAAUUGAAAGAGGUGCAUUUGGCAAUGGUUCUGUACUACAAACGUUGUAAGUAACAAACUGAAAACAGACACUUUUUUAAAAAACUUCGCUUUAAAAAUGUCAUUACUAAAUUUACAUAAAUGUUCUAAGCCUUAACUGGUUUUAAACUUAAAAAAAAUAGUUAAUCAACAGCUUUUACAAAUGUUUGAGCCAUGAAAAUAAAUAAAUUGUUCUUAAGUGUUCUAGAAGUUCAAUUACUUUGAAAUGGUAUCGCCAUUCUUGGCAGGUCUCAAAGCAUUAAUUAAAAUUUACAUUUUAGGAAACUUGACUCGAAUUUCAUACGGGCCUUACCUAUCGGCAUGUUGGACAAUAUGUACCAUCUUCAGACCUUGUGAGUUCUUUUAUAUAUAUUUUAUCUGUUAUUUAAAAUUUCUUUUACAAGAUUUGAUCAUAAAAUUCAAAUUUUCGAAAACUAUCCGGUUUUUCCUACUUUUUUAAGGGACUGCAGCGCUAAUUUGAUUGACACCAUUUCGACGAACACAUUCAGUGCAUCUUUGGCGUCCUUGACUACUUUGUAAGUAAGCGAAAUUAGCUUUCGAAAAACUUGUCAUUACACUCUUCGCUUAAAACCGACAUUUUAUCUGAUUACUGCCUCAUAUUUUUUUUUCCAAGGAGCCUCAGACAGAAUCGCAUAAACAGGAUUGAAAAGGACGCAUUUAACUCCACGAGGAACUUACAGAAUCUGUGAGUGACAUAUUAUUGCAUUUGUUUUGCCAGAUUUCAAGUGUAUAUAUUUAAACCAUUUUACUUUUAUUUCAAUCCAAUGUAGAUACCUUCAGGAAAAUGAGUUGAAAGAGUUACCAGACUACGCAUUCCUUGGCUUAUCUAGGCUUAAGAUAUUGUAAGUUCAAAAACGCGGUUACCUCGUCCCUUACCGAAAAAUUCUGCAAUCAAUCUAUUACCUUCCGUGAUCUUUACUCUGAUGGGUGAACAAAAUUUAGCUCAAUAGUUUAUCACAUCAUUCAAGGAAUAACCCUGGCUAUUAACAAUGAGCUUCUGUUGGUCUUUUGCCUCAGUACAAAUUCCCUAAAAAGCUACGCUUUCAAGAUUCACAUGAUCGUGUCUGCACUAAGGUUCAUGUUCAACUGGAAGUAAUAUGAAAUGACGUCAGUUAAUUUAUGUGGGAUAAUAAAAUUUGGGAUUACACAAUGAAUUCAAAGAAUCUAUCUUCGUAUCCCCUUUUGACAGGAAAAGCGCCAAAAGUAGGCCGAGAAAAAGUCAGUCAAUUUACUAGGCAAACAAAUAUCAGUUUUUUUCCCCAAUGUUUAAAACUCAAAGUUUUGACCACAAAAACUGCAAAUUUACCAGGGCAAGUAUUGAUUACGACAUGAAGUCAGGACAAAUGUGGCUCAAGAUGAAAAAUGAAAGUGAUAAGAAGUAUUUGCUUUGUUUUUAUCUCAGAUACCUAAACGAUAACCAGAUCUUGCGGUUAUCUUCAAAGACAUUUGCAGGGCUAUCAUCCCUGGAGAAACUGUAAGUGAAAAGGGAUGAAGAACAGGGUAGAGGUACCAGAAAAUCUUGAAGUUUCUCGCACACCGCGAGAAAUCUGUUUGAACGAUAAGGGCAAUUACCUUAUAGGGAUAUUUUAAAACACUGUCACUAUUAUAUAUUAAAGGCUAUAAGCAGGUGUUAAUUAAGCUAGCGGUUGAAACGUUAUCAAAUGUUUCUUUAUUGGUUUUUAGGGAUCUCAGUAAUAACUCCUUCAGUAUAAAAAACUUCCCAAAAGACGUUUUCAAUGGACUUAAAAGCCUGAAAGAAAU